GGGAGUGCAUCCGGGGCGCCGACACCGUGCGCUGCGUCUACAUCCUGGACCCCUGGUUCGCCGGCUCCUCCAACGUGGGCAUCAACCGCUGGCGGUGAGUGGGGACCGGCCCCGGGCGGGGAGCGCCGGGCGGCCGUGCCGGGAGACGGCGCGGGUUGGCCCCGCGUUGCGCGGCGCCGCGCGGGGCGAGGGACGCUCCGUGAGCGCCAUAUAAGGAGCGGGUAACGGGGCUGCCCCCGUGGGGCGCUCCCGGCAUCGCUCGGCGGCUGCAGCCCCGCGCGCGGGCGGUGACCGCGGGGCCGGGCGCCACCCGUCCCGUCGGGAGCGCGGCGCGGGGCUGAGCGCUGCCCCGUACCGAGCGGGAGCGGCGUGACGGCCGUGCGCCACGUCAUGAGCCGGGGACGGACCUGGGGUGGUCCGGUGCUCGGUUCCGCUUGGUUCUCCUCGAGGAUGGUUUCUUUCGGACCCCGUGACUUCUGUCGCUUUGGAUUCGACUUGUGGUCCUGUCUCUGGUUUUUAGGGGAUAGAAAUACUAAGGUUUCUGACGCUAACCUUUCCUGGAUGGACACUUCACUUCCACUGACAACAAUAAGGCUCAUAGCAUUCAAUAAUAACUGUAGUUAUCAUUUAUUCCAUAUCCGAGGUCCAUUACGUGUUUCUCUCACAGUGGCUUUUUAUUUUGUUUGUUUGCUUUGAAGGGAAUAACUCCUUUUGCAUAAUGAGCCCUAAAGCUCAGCAGUGCUGAUCUAUAUGGACAAAGUAUGGUCGGUGCUUAAGUUUUAAAAGAAUCCAGGCAAUGGGAACAGGCCUGAGUGCUAAGGAAAUCACAUGUCUUAGGAAUACUUCAUAGGUUUCUGAUGUGUUUUGCAACUGAAAUACUACAUAACGCCAGGCCAUUGCGUUGUGUUCUCUGAGCCAUGAAUGGUUGGCAGGUAUGAACUUGGAUUCCAGCAAAAGGAAGCUCAUGUCUGUAGUGCUACAGCCCUGGCUCUUCAAUGGCCAUUGAAGAUGAACUUCAGCUAGUACAGUCCUUGAGUACAUUGGUGUAAAAUACUUUAUCUGCUUUGACUAUGGUGUUUACUUUAGCACAGUUCUUGAUGCUCUAAAGGACGGUCCCUACACUGCAUUUUGCUUUUGAAGGAAGUUAUCUUUUUCAGUUGAUGGUUCGAGGCUUUGUUUUUCUUUGGUUUGGGUUUUCCGGAAGAGGGAGAUUUUUCUAUUUUUUCUUCUUUUUUGGAGAGGAGCCCUCCCCACCACCACUCCUUUCCCUGUAACAACAGAGGCCUACAGAAGGAGGGUGAGUUCUGACUCUGCUAUCCCAAGCACUUCAGACAGCCUCCUGGGACUUGUAUACCUCAGGGCAUGUGCUGUACAUCACUUUGACUAGAAGAUCUCCCUACCUUCAUAGCCCAGUUUUGUAAGCCCAUUUUUUCCCCCCAAGUUUGAAGAAAUGCAUCAAUUUUUGUAGAGUAGGUGAUUGACAGAGCCUUGUUUGUUAGAAUGAGCUCCGUAAAAUCAUAUUUAAAUGAACACUUAGUAGUUUGGAAUGGGUCCAUUUUAGGUUCCAGUGGUUUUAAUGAGCUAUUUUUAACUGAUGGUAAUGCACACUCUCAUAGCAUGCAUACCCAAGACUUAUGAUGCAGUUUUUUGGCUUGCCAGUCUCCUUCAGCACUUGUAACUGAUAACCAAACACCUUAUCUCCUUGGUCACUGGAUGACCGUUAGCAAGAUACUUGCUUGCAUGUCUGUGCAGUAGGGUGUUGCAUUAGUCAAAAAUGCAUAUUGUUUGAGAUUAGAAGCAGAAACCCUUCAGCAUUUGGAAAAUGAGUCAGAUUUAAUCUUUUGCUGUAGAUUUACCCUGAUCUUUCCUUGGUUUGGGUAGGUUUACACCAAGAGUUUGUUAUGCUGAGUUUAUGGUUCCAGUGACCUGAGCAAAACUCUUGUCUAUUGGAGGUUGAAGUAUGACUAACAGUGAACGUGAGGAAAAUGGUGUAAAAACACCAGAAAAACAGGAGGUUUAUCUUCUUGUUGGAAACAGUAUUGUUACUCUGCAGGCUGGUGAAUAAAAACGAACAGUUACGGUUCGUUUUGCAAAUGUGUUUUAAAUCUUGCAACCUUGAAUACAUGGGUAUUUCUGAUGAACUUUUCUCUUUAAACAGUCAUGUAACACUCAUGAACUAAUAUUUUUGUGUAACUGCACUAUUGAGCAAGCCUAAUUACCAAGCAGUCACAUGGCCUUACUGACCUCCUUUCUCCUGGCAUGCAGCCUACCUGUUCUAAAAUCAUGAAUGCUAUGUAACAGACACGAGGGCCUUCAUCAGCUUGUUUCAUUUUUCUGGUUCUCUUCAGUUUCUUAUUAUUGUUCAUUCUCCUGGGCUGUUAAAUAAAUCAUGACAGUGUACUUCCAUUGAGACAUGCUUUUCCUGUGUAAUGAGUUCUCCUGUGUUGUUCACAGAUAAAGGCUUGCACGAGAGUGGUUACCCAGUACGAGGAAGAAGGCAAUGGAGAAAUGCUAGGGGUAAACGCCAAAUAGAAAACUGCUCAGACUUUGAUAACUGCCCUAAAACUUCUGGCACCAGACAUAGUGUGCAUCUAAUUGUGCCUACAGAACAGGCAAAGAGUGGAACUUACAUACUCAAACAAGUAACCAUUACCUACUUAAGAAAAAAUGUGCUGGCAUGUUCUCACAGACUUUUCCGUAUUAAGGAGAGUGGAAUCUUGUGUGAGCGACAUGAUUUAGGGGAGGGUUUCUUUAGCCCUAGUUUUGUACAGAAUGGCCCUUGAUCAAAAUAUGACAAAAGAAAUGCAAACAUUCCGUUAGUUGCUGGAUAAGGGUUUACUCUGGCUAAUUAUUUACUUGUUUUAGUUUGGUUCUUUUGAGUCUGCGUGUAUGUUUUUGAUAUGGUAGUUGAUUUUACAAGAUGGAUAAUGUAAUCUUGCCAAUCCUUGAACUUCCCUUUUUAAUCAUUCCUGGAGAUGAUAACUUUCUUUUUAUGAAUAAGAAAUAAGGUGUUCCAUAUAUCUAGUAGGCUUCUGUGGGAAUAUCGAUGCAUUCAGCAUCUUGCUAGGUUUGUUGCUGUUGUGCCAGGUAGUCCUGUUGAUUUAGGAGGAGGAAGAGGUGUGAUCUUUUUUUUUUUUUGAUGCUCAUACCUGGAAGCGUAUUAAAAACUAAAGACCAAAGCAAACCUUUAAUUUCCAGGACAUUCACUGCAAUUCGUGGGAAUUGAAGAUUGCUUUGAAAAUUUAAAACUUGAGCAUCUUUUUGAAGCAUCGAUUCACUUUUGCUGUUCUUGACGUCUGGUUUGAGAAUACGCCUAUAGUUUCAGGUCAUGAAGGAAGUGGUUUGCCCUCUGGAUGCUCCCUGACAGUUUCAGCAGGUACACAAAAACUAACUCCCUUUCCCACACCGGGCACUUCACCGUAUUUAACAAAUAAUAAUACACAGUUUUUGCCUAUCUGAAUUAAAGACAGAGUGCAGUUUAAUACCGAAAUCAUUCAAAAUGAUUUUAUUGGCAGUUUUUUUCCUACCACCCUCACAUAGAAUUAACAGGCUUGAUUCAGUGAAUGUCCCUCUGUUAUCAUGGUCUAAUGCUUAAGAUUGAAAUCUCUUUGACUUAUGAAGUACUGAACAUCAAGCCAGUCAUCUGAAGUAUAUACAUAGAUGACAAGACUUGUGGUCCUUCAGAUACGAAGCUAGACAUGCAUCCGCCUUGGGAGAAAUGUUAGUUUAUAUAUAUUCAGUAGAUAUCUUGGGGUUCCUUUUAUGUGAGCCCAUCUCAGCUGCUAUAGCUCAUGUGUAUGAGGUCCUCGGGUGAAGCUGGGUUUUCGUACUGUGUUGCAGACAUACCUGUCGUGCCAUUCAACGGGUUGCAUCAGUACCCAUUCAGUGCGUAACCUGCAGAACUUUUGUUCAGCCAGCCCUCUAAAUUGAGGGUGAUUAAUCUGUAAAUGUCUAAGUCUGUUAUUUAGGAGUAGUAACUUGCUUUUAGAGGUCACUCGCUCAGGUUAGAGUGUUGCGGUACAUCCUGUUAGAUUGGGGAAACCUUCUGCCUCCUAUCCAUAAGUUGCCCGCCUGCCCUCUUUCCCAGAAGGGUACACCUACCCUAAAAAUGCCCACAGUGCAGUGAUUCCCUCUGUAGUUUACAAUGUUAUACGAUCCAGUCCUGUAAUUUGCAAAGUACGUCACUGAGCCGUGCUGACGUAUGUCCUCGCAGCUUUAAUCCCGCACUGCUGAUGAAAGGCCCGGUUCCACCCUCUCGUGAUACUGCCCUCUGGUGAAUCAGGUUAGCUCAUUGGUCUGUCGAGGACAGCUUAAUGUCUGGUUUUGGUAGGAUUAGAUUGUGCCACGACAAGCUGGUGGUGGUGGUAGCCAUGGAGAGGCAGGAGUGGGUGGGUGGGACAGGUGCCCUCCUUCCGUGGCUCAGUUGCGGAUGGAGAUGACCGUGUAGCUGUAGCCUGUGACGUCUGUGCGUGGUAACCACUGGGUGGUUUUCGGGAGGUGAUUAUUGGCUUCUUCUGUGGUUUCUCCAUUUGUUGACACCCUUUGAAGUUUUAUUGUUGAAAAUAAGUACUGGCUUUCUUACUGUGUGAGGAGAAAGGCCCAAAUUAUUUCUUAUCAUGCUGUCAGAAGGUGAGAAAUAACUCAGCUGGCUGAGAAAUUACCCUAUGCUUGCCUGUUUCUCGUGGUGAAUAGCUUUGUAUCACCAGAUUCUGUAACGUAACUGUUAUUAAAGCAGGAGACAAGUCUGUGCUGGUUGCUCUGGGGAGAGCGGGUGGUACUGCAAACCAAAUCUUACAUAAAGUGCUCAAUACGUUGUUUUUCUGGUUGGUGGUUUUAGGCCAGAACAAUUCCAGUCAGCCUUUAUACAAUGUGCUUGGUGGCUGCCAGAAGGAUCUUGCAGGAAUCUGAUUCCUCAAGUAAAGCAGUUUUGGAGACCCGGUUUUAUACCGUGGAUUUGCUGGUUUAAGGGCUGCAAGAGAAGGUCCGGGUAAAUUAUUCUUGAUACGUAAGAGGAGCGCAUGGACUUUGUGACUGAGAUCAAGGCAGAUGUGCUCUAAAAACAGGUCGAUAGGGUUCCUUGUCUUCUUUGGGACUAGAAUAUUUUUUCCUGUCUUAUUGUACUGAAGUAUCAAUAAACUGCAUUCUUUACUUGAUUGGGGGAGGUAAUCCGUCUGUAGCCUGUGCUGCUAUGUCCUCUGGUCAUGGAAAGGAGAGGGUGACAAACCCUACACAAAUGCUAUCUAUGCAGACAGCUUUUUUAUGCAAUCAAGAAUGCAGAUCUGUUUUUAACUGAUCAACAUGUGUCAGUAUCAAUGAAUUCUGCGUCGCUUCUUGAAAAUGAAUGUAUAUUUUGUCCUUCUCUUUAAUUUACAUGUAAGAAAGUGUAUUUCCCUCCACCUUGUGAAAAAUGUCUCAAAUGCUACAAAUAGCAGAUACUCUUGAAACAUAUUUCAUUAUGCGAAUAUUGCAGGAGAGCUGUUCGCGUUGUGCCACCUGAACUGUUUCAUUUAUGACAGCUAAUCUACAGAAUGAAAGCCUUAUUUUCAAGGAAAGUGGCUCUCUUCCAUACCCACUCAGUUCCUGGCAGGCUUUCAGGUCAGUUAUAUAACGAGAGAUAGGAGGAAGGUCAAGCUGCUGGUGAAGUCAGCCGUUUUUUUCAGUGUAGAAGUGGCACUGAGGUCUGUAAUGUAUUAAUCUGUAUACUGAAAGAAACCCUUCACUUCAGGGCUUCUUGUGAUUCUAGUGUUCCCAUAGCAAAAUCAAAAGGCAAAAGUCAGUUUAAGCCUGGAUUGGUUGUGUAAGCCAUGCGGAGUUUGUGGCUUUGUGUUUUAUAGGCUUAGUAUGUUGCAGAUUUGAUAGCAGUUCCUGUGGUUACAUCUGGAGAGGACUUGAUUAGCGUGGUAUGAACCUGUAGGGUAUUUUGGUGGAAUACACUUCAAGUUUUCACAACUUUAAAUGUGGAGCAUGGUUAGUUCAUGUGCUUCCAUGUACUUGUGGCUUUCAGGUUCUUUGCAAUCUAGGACAACGGGUGAACUAUAAUUGCAAUGUUCUUCUGACCCCAAAGCCUCCAUAUAUUUUUCAGGUCACCUUUAAGCAGUUGCUUCCACUACUUUAGAGUUUAAUGUGCAUGUGCCUAUUGCUUUUCACAGGGAUAAAGGUAUAGUCAAGGAUAGUGCAGAAAGGACCAGGGAAAAUAGGUCAAUAUUGCAGAGUUCUGUUUUGAGUGUGUACAUGGAGACAACUGCAGCAAAAGUCUGUGUAUACUUUUGGAGCAGUCCGGAGCACACUAAUUGCUAAUGCUUUAAACAAAAUGGUCACUUUAUAAGUGUUGUUGGAGACAGUGCUGAGCUGCAGUCGACAUAACUUACAAAAAUAUGCAUUUUGUUUCCUGAAUUGUGGGCUGAGAUCUUUUUUUCUUUUUAAUUUGCAUUAGUGUUCGAAAGGACUGAAUGUCUACAUUGACUGUCUUGAGUAGGAAAUAGGGAUUUCAUAGUAUGGCUUCAGAAAGCAGUUCGGGUAUCAAAACUGCCUGUCAUAAUUUCUUGAAAAGUGCUAACACAACAGAUUUGUUGCUGUGGGAUGGAACUUGUUCAAAGUACCAAAGAGGGAAGGGACUUUGUCAGUUGAACAUUGAUCUGGAUAGUAACUAUUCCCGCAGAUCUAAUUUCUGAAGUGACGAGCGUGUCAUGUUUGCACCUGAGCCUUUGAGUUCUGCACUGCUUCUUCCUGUAACUGAAGUGAGGGCCUGCUUUGAAAACUUCCAUUGCCUUCAUGUUCCUUGAUUUGCUCUCCUGCUCAGUCACGUACAUCUUGCGGUGUGAAUUUGUAUGCUUCUGACUGUUGCAUGGCCACGAAAAGGGAAAGCUGCAAAGUUCUUGUGCUGUGGGUUUGAUUCCUCCCAGGAUACAAAGUGCUGUCCUUUACAAAUGAAAACCAGAAAUGUUGGGUGGGUGGAAAAAAAAAAUUGGAAGCUCAAACACGGAAGCUGUAAAGCAUGAAUGUGGAUUGUUAUUGAUUCUUUGCUAACAGAGAGGAAAUACCUAUGACAUGAGCUGCUUAGAAACAACUCUUGUUAUGAAUACUUGGAUUUUUCUGUUAUCUUUUUCAUCAUGCUUGCACUUGAAAAGUUUGCUUAGUAACUAUGUUGGUUGUAACCUGCUGUAUUUUAUAGCUUGUGGAGCUAGGUGCUAUGUCAAGGUAACAUCAUACAGCUUGGGUUCUGUAAGUGUGCAAGUGCUAGAAGGAACUCCUGACCAUGUGAUGUCUCUUUCCCAAGCGUGGAACCUAUGGUCUGGGAAAGGUGUCGAUUCUUUUUCCAGUAAAGAGCCUAUGCAUGCCAGCAGUUGCAGAACUUUUUUAUCUUAAUGCAGAUACCAAUGAUGUGCUUACCUUGUAGAAUCGUAGAAUGGCCUGGGUUGGAAAGGACCACAAUGAUCAUUGAGUUUUAACCCCUCUGCUUAUGUGUAGGUAAAGGAUAAACUACUGAGUGUCUUGUGUUGAAAUAGCAGGCCUGAGGAGGGCUACCAGUGGUGAGAAGUAGUACUGGUUUUAUGUAAAAUGAGCGAGCAAGUUGAUUUGCAAGGAGGUUGCACAAUUAUUACAGCAAAUCCAAGAAAGCUCUGAAAUUAGCUCCAGAUUGCCCUUAGCUGCAAUUAUGAGAAGGGCAGAAGAGGGAUCAAAAGAAAAGAAGUGAGGGGGCAGCCAUUAUCAGAAAAAAACAAGUACAUUGAUAGGUAACUCUUUCAUGUAGGCUGCUUCAUGCCUUGCAUAGUGUGUCAGUCACAGUUCUGCUAUGUGCUGCGCCACCAUGACAAGUUUAUCUGAGUUUUGCAACGUCUGCAGUUCUGAAGUACAGGAGGAAUGUUCAAAGAACUGUGGGACUCCAACUCAUAGAGCAGCUGACCUUAAAAAUAGCUUAUAUUUGUUCUCCAGUACGUGGGAUGAAUUGAAGAAUGGAGAAAAAUCUUUGCGGUGUUCUAUUGUGAGUUUCCUCUGAGCUGAAGGUUUGAUUUUUUUUGCUAAUAAAUCCCAUGGUAUCAAGGGAUCUUUUUUCUUUCCCUCUUCUCACAUUUCACGUUUUUAGAAAUAAACAAAUGACAUUUUCUAGGGGCAUAUUUAUGUCUAGUUGGGUUUCAGCGACUGUGUCUUAAAACUGUCUUAAAUAUACAAAGAGAUAACGCAGCUUUUAGCAGAGAUGGAUGGCUAUUGUUUUCCUUAUUGCUCUCGUGGGAGAGGCAUGACCAUAAAUUGGAAACUUGAGAUGUGCUUUUAAAAUAAAAUAUUCUAAAGAAGAAUUUUUGUUGUCCAAGUUUCAAAGGGGUCUUUGGAUGGAGGUGAGAGGUUGUAUUUUGGGUUUGUUUCUCAUGAAUACUUGUUGGGUGACAUUCAUGAAAUCUCCACCAUACUUUUUUUAACUGCCAGCUCUGAGACUUGUUAGUUUGCCAAAGAAAUGUUCUUCAGUUCUGCAUGUACUGACAGACUUACCAGAGUUCUGUGUUUCUUCUAUAGGAGACAGCGCAACAGACCUUGCAGUUUUGGCACUGGAGGUCAGGCUUUCAAACUGAGCAGCAUUACUAGUGAUCGGAUGCUGCUCUUGCAGCAACAACCUUUCUGUUUCUUCAAUCAUUUUACAUUUUUAUCUUCUGGUACAUCCUUCUUCCAGAAUCCUAUCUUUGCAGAUGCUCUGGCUGCUGUUGUACUGCUCAUCCUGUGUGCUGGUAAAGUUUCUGCUUCAGUGUCUUGAGGAUCUUGAUGCCAAUCUACGGAAACUGAAUUCACGUUUGUUUGUUAUUCGUGGACAGCCAGCAGAUGUUUUCCCCAGGCUUUUUAAGGAAUGGAGCAUUGCAAAACUCUCUAUUGAAUAUGAUUCUGAACCAUUUGGGAAGGAGAGAGAUGCAGCAAUUAAGAAGCUGGCUAGUGAAGCUGGAGUGGAGGUCAUCGUUCGAAUUUCUCACACAUUAUAUGACCUAGACAAAAUAAUAGAAUUAAAUGGAGGACAGCCACCUCUUACUUACAAGCGAUUCCAGACUCUAAUUAGUAGGAUGGAACCACUGGAGAUGCCAGUGGAGACUAUAACCCCAGAGGUAAUGCAGAAAUGUACCACUCCUGUCUCUGAUGACCAUGAUGAGAAAUACGGUGUCCCGUCGCUUGAAGAGCUAGGUUUUGACACAGAUGGUCUGCCUUCUGCAGUAUGGCCUGGGGGAGAAACAGAAGCUCUCACACGACUGGAAAGGCAUCUAGAACGAAAGGCUUGGGUAGCAAACUUUGAAAGACCACGAAUGAACGCCAAUUCCCUUCUGGCAAGCCCUACAGGGCUUAGUCCCUACCUCCGCUUUGGCUGUUUGUCCUGUCGACUCUUUUAUUUCAAGUUAACGGACCUGUACAAAAAGGUAAAAAAGAACAGCUCCCCUCCCCUCUCCCUCUAUGGCCAGCUGUUAUGGCGUGAAUUUUUCUACACAGCAGCAACUAACAAUCCACGGUUUGAUAAAAUGGAGGGGAAUCCUAUCUGUGUUCAAAUUCCAUGGGAUAAGAAUCCUGAGGCUUUGGCCAAAUGGGCAGAAGGCAGGACAGGUUUUCCUUGGAUUGAUGCAAUUAUGACGCAGCUUCGUCAAGAAGGCUGGAUUCACCACUUAGCUCGGCAUGCUGUGGCAUGCUUUUUGACUCGAGGUGACCUCUGGAUUAGCUGGGAAGAAGGAAUGAAGGUCUUUGAAGAGCUCUUACUUGAUGCAGAUUGGAGUGUGAAUGCUGGAAGCUGGAUGUGGCUAUCCUGUAGUUCCUUCUUUCAGCAGUUUUUUCACUGCUACUGUCCAGUGGGUUUUGGCAGAAGAACUGACCCAAAUGGAGAUUACAUCAGACGUUACUUGCCUGUACUUAGAGGUUUCCCUGCAAAAUACAUCUAUGAUCCUUGGAAUGCCCCAGAGAGUGUCCAGAAGGCUGCAAAAUGUGUUAUAGGAGUUAACUAUCCCAAACCAAUGGUAAACCAUGCGGAAGCAAGCCGUCUGAAUAUUGAGAGGAUGAAACAAAUCUACCAGCAGCUUUCACGAUACAGAGGACUGGGUCUUCUUGCAACAGUGCCUUCUAAUCCAAAUGGAAAUGGAAAUGGUGGCCUAAUGAGCUUUUCACCAGGAGAAAGCAUUUCUGGUUGCAGCAGUGCAGGAGGAGCUCAGCUGGGAACUGGUGAUGGUCAGACAGUUGGCGUUCAGACAUGUGCCCUGGGAGACUCUCAUACAGGAGGAAGUGGAGUUCAGCAGCAAGGUUACUGUCAAGCAAGUAGUAUCUUACGCUACGCUCAUGGAGACAAUCAGCAAUCACACUUAAUGCAACCAGGAAGAGCAUCUCUUGGUACUGGCAUUAGCGCCGGGAAACGCCCAAAUCCAGAAGAAGAAACUCAAAGUGUUGGGCCGAAAGUCCAGCGGCAGAGCACAAAUUAAACUGCAUUAUUAGAAGAGGAGAUACCACUUAACACCCGGGACAAAGUUUCUGCUACUCCCUAUUGGAACUGAAGAGUUGUGAGAGUACUCGUAAUAAAGUAACAUGCUUUUUCAUAAAUUAUUUUCAAUUGUUCUCAGUUGUUGUAAAGUCCAAUUUUUGGAGCGCAUUAUUUCUAACUGGCAUUUCUAUGGUUUUUAACUUUUUAAUGACUCUUUCACAAAGGACAAAUUGAGUUUUGUAUAUAAAGUAUUUGGUGAAGUAUUUGCUAACUUAAUGUAAAUAUGAGCGUUCAUCAUUAGCAUAGACCCAUUGAUAUAUUUUUGAUAAUCUUUCAUGUCUAUGGUAUUAGAAAGAGCUGUAGUGAUGUUCUGUAAAAUGAAUGGACAUAGAAAGCUUUGAAGUUUUUAAACUGCCAUUAUUUUUAGAUUCCAGAAUUUGACUUCUAUAUGAUCAACUUCAUAUUUUCAUAAUGUAAGUGAUUAGGACUGUGUUUAAUCAAAUACAGUAGAGUUGUAAUCUUUAUUAAUCGCACCUGUAUAUAAGUCAUAUGCCAAUUUUUUGUCAGGUUGUAAAAUUUUGAUGUAUAUGUCCAGUCCUUGUAUUUCUCAGUUGCCUUGUUCAGUAAUGACAUACAUUGUUAAUAAAAAAGAAAAACUGUAUGUAUGGAUACAAA